AUGAUCGCUGCCCGGAACUUCUCUGUCGCUCGCCAGUGCAUGCGCCCGUCCCGCGUGGCCCCCCGAUUUGCUGCUCCUAUCGCGCAGAUCCGCUUCUACGCCAGCCCUGCACAGGAGGCUGUUGCCAAGUUCAAGGGUCAGAAGGGUCCUGAUGGCAAGUACACUGUUACUCUGAUCGAGGGUGAUGGUAUUGGUCCUGAGAUCUCUCAGUCCAUUAAGGACAUCUUCGAGGCCGCAAAGGCCCCCAUCAAGUGGGAAUCCGUUGAUGUCACCCCCUAUCCUUAA